AUGCCCGGAAUCAGCAAAUCAUUCAACAACCUCGCGACACCUUCACUUGCAGAGAUCAAAGAGCACCUGAGAAUCAUUCAGAACGAGGAUUCGACCCCCGCACUUAUAAGGAACGCGUUACGUUAUUCGCGGAUCUAUUCGGACCGAUGGCUUUCGCCUCCAGUUAACGGCAUUCAAGCUGAAGGAGCUCCUCUCGGUUCGGUUCGGAACGUUGUCAAGACGAAGCAGGAUGUCGCAGUUCUUUGGGACUGUGAACCAGAGAAAAUCAAGAUACUGGGUCUCGAUCUUGGUCAAGCGUUUGUGGUUGGAGCGAGCGCUCUAUUGCCUGAGAAGACCUUAGAUGACAUGAAAAAAUCCGUCAGCCUCGAAAUGGAAAGCCACGCACGGCAGUUAUAA